GAGUAGCUUUCUAAGGGCAUAUGUUAGCCUCAAGUUUUAGUGAAGAGUGAGGGACUAAACACAGUCCGACCCUACCUGAAAACAACCUGAGGAAAAGCUGUUGACAGGGUCCCGAUGGGCAAUAGUAAAUCUAUAGCUAAUGGCCUGGCAGCAAUUCCAGCUACAGAGAUCUAUGUGUGGUACAGAAAAUUUAUGAUGGAAUAUCCAUCCGGUCUGCAAACACUGCAUGAAUUUAAGACACUUUUGGGUCUGCAAGGUCUGACUCAAAAGGCCAACCAACAUGUUGAUCAAGUCUAUAAUACCUUUGACAUGAAUAAGGAUGGAUUUAUUGACUUUUUAGAGUUUAUUGCUGCAGUUAAUCUAGUUGUAAGAGGAAAAAUGGAGCAAAAAUUAAAGUGGUAUUUUAAGCUAUAUGAUGCUGACGGAAAUGGUUCUAUUGACAAAAAGGAACUACUGAACAUGUUCACGACCAUACAAGCCCUCAAUGGCCAGCAAACUCUGAGUCCUGAAGAAUUCACCAGCUUGGUGUUUCAUAAGAUUGAUAUAAACCACGAUGGAGAAUUGACUUUAGAAGAAUUUAUCAAUGGCACAGAAAAAGAUCAGGAUCUUCUGGAGAUUGUUUCCAAGAGCUUCGACUUUUCCAGUGUCCUGGAAGUUAUCUGUAAUGGGAAGCAGCCAGACACAGGAGGAAGCUUCCUUCAAACCAUCUGACAAGGCUCGUCUACAGAAGAUGACACUGAAGUGGCUUUGAGAAGGGCUUUCCCAGAUUUCAGUUAAGAAGAAAUGAAAUUUCCCCCAGGUACAUGUUAUUGACUUCAGGUUUUUAUUAUAAUUGGUGUCAGUUUAUGAACAUAUCACUUAUCUUAAGUCCCACAGAGCCUUCCAUAAAAAUCAUAGAGCACUGUUGGUUUUCUGUUUAUACAUUAGUAUUCUCUGAGCAGAUCAGAAUAUGACGAUUAAACUGAAGAAUUGUCUCCAUAUCUGUCAGUUCAAAAUAGAGCUCACCUGUAUGCUUCCUCACAUACCCAAAUUAAUCUCGUCUUGAAAUAGAACUAGAUGAUCUGGGCGGUGUCUCCACAGGUUAGCAUACUUCUUAGACUAACCAUGUAUUCCACAAAUGUGUUUACUGCCUCUUGGCUCUUGUUGCAUCCAUACAUCAUAAAUGACUGAACUCUGGUCUAUUGAGAAACUCUUUUUCUGCUCUUCUUUCCCACUCCUGACUCCAAAUGCUGUCUUGAAUCACUAAUAAUGUUCUGUUGCAAAGGCAAAAGUCUUAAGCUCUGUAGUAAAAGGAGAAAAUUUCAGGCUGGGCAAUGAGAAUGUUUCUGUCUGGCUUGUUAUAACUCUGGGUUCAGUUGUGCCUGAAAAUGCAAUGCAUCAUCUGUAAUUAUUAUGCCAGUUGGAGGUUUGAUCAGAACAGCAGACAGCGAGGCUAUGCAACAACAAGCACUUGACAUUUUAAACAGUCCUGACAUUAUAGCCCUGACAUUUCAUUUUUUAUAUAUCCUUUCCAAAAAAAUGAAAUGAUGAAUGAGAUUUCUUGAUGGUUAGAAUUUUUUAAGUUUGUGAUUCUAUAUCACAGGCCCACUAGUAUAUCUUUCAAUGCAAGGCUUUCUUAUGGAAACACAGUGGAGGUUGAAGAGAAGAUGUGAGCUGUCUUUAUGAAAAAAGCUUCCUAAUUAUGCUUUCAUAUUCAAAUUUGGGUCAAAAACAUACAAUUGAAACUAUAAAAACAGAGUUGGACUGUCCCUGCCUCCUUCAUAGUUAUAGAUGGAUAAAAUUUUAGAUGCAUCGAUGAGGCAUACAUGGCAGUAAAAUGAAGUGUAAAUGGAGGUUAAAAGUUGUAGAUGAAUGUAUAAAUCCAAAUAUAGAUGGUGGCAAUAUAGAUGGAGGAAGAAAUAUUCCAAGGGUUUCCACAAAAUUUUGAGGAGAUUCACAAAGAAGUACACAGUAUAAUGUAAAGUAUGUUAAAAUAAAAUGAUCAUAAAUAAAGUAAUACGAUAAAAAUCAUUGCAGUCAUAAUGACACAAAGUUCUAAUCAUUUGCCAAAAGUGGGCAACCCAUUGGACUCUGAGCUUCCUAGUAGUAGAAGUGAAAAGAAAAACAUCAUUACAGUCUUGUCACAGCCACAAUCCCAUUCUGGCAGUGACAGUUGAUUUCACUUGCCACUCCCCCGCUGCCCCCACAUUCCUCUGAGACCCUAGUGUUCUUUCUACAGAAAACUGGGUCCCAGCACCCCUUUCUAAGCUUCUGUGUUCAAAUAACCCCAAACUCUUCCCUUUGUUUCUCCAGCCUAGGCUGGUACCUGCUUCCUGCCAUUUCUGUGUUAUUUCAGUGUCCUCCUUUUCCUUUUCAGUCCUCCAAUGUCUUUUAAAUGAAUUCCUUAUAUUAAAUUUUCCCUGUUAAAAUAACUAGUUUUUGUUUCCCAGACUGGAACCUGACUAAUAAUACUGGGCACUGAGUGACUGAAGGGUCAACCCCAUUUAGAGUGAGGAAUCCACCCCCCACUUCCCUUCCAUAUACCGAGUACUUACUCUGGAACUUGCUGAGUGGGCUUGCUUAAUCCUAAUAGCCCAGUGAUGUGGCUGUUAUUUCCACAUUGUGUCUGGAAGCUGAGACACAAAGAAGUGAUUUUACUUUCCCAAAAUUAAUGCUUGGUAGUACCUCUCUACUACCCCCAUGGGCUGAAUCUAGCUAACAGGAAAAAAGCUGGCAAAGGAGCCAUGUGGUCAGUAGGACCCCAGUCCAGUUUCACCGUGAGGAAUAUGAAAAAAUGAGUUUGAAGCUGAGUUUGUAAAUAGUUUACUACUAGCACAAUUAGGAUAGGUGGGGUGAGUCAAGUAAACACCUUAAGGGCACCUCACCACCCAUAAAUCCCAUAUUAUGAGCAUCUAAGUCAUGCUUUACCCCAGUCCCCACCACCCACUUGAUGCUUUGAACCCUAUAGUUCUCAUCUGGCUUCCCCAGGCUCCAGUUACACUAUUGCCUCUUAUCUGGAUCCUCCUCCACCUCAUGACCCCUUUGGGAUCAUGACUGCUUUGUCUAGUUUACCUAGGCUUGGUUUUAGGUUUUUGUGGAUGUUGCCUCUUAGAUUUCUAAGGUCUGUUCCAUGUAUUGUACCCAACACCCACUCCAUGUCCACCUCCUCUCAAGGUGACCCUAGGUCUCACGGAUCCUUUCCUUUCUAAAGAAUAGCUUUGUCUUACCUGUAAGGAGGGCAGAAUGGCCCACAUAGCACAUCCUUGUCAACUUCUUGGAAAAAUUGGUCAUUGGGUACAAAGAAUGUAAAGAUACUAGUUAUUUGUCAUAUGAAGACAGAUCAUAAAAUAUUAUCUACUUCAUAGUUUUGCUGAGGGUGGUAUUAAGAGAUGAGCCUGAAAUUUAGGUACAAAAGCAUUUAGAUUAAUUAGGUACAAAAUCAAUUAGGUACAAAAGCACUUAGAUUAGGUAAGGUAGAAAAAACAGAGGCUGGAAAAACAGACCCACAUUCUUUCUUUCAAGUCUCCAGCUCUUAAAGUCCUAUCUCCCUGAAGUCGAGUUUCUUCUCCAUGCUUUCCUCUGCCACUUAGCAUCAUGAGCCAAGCCCAAGGAAACAGUCCUAGUCUAUGUAUGAAAUCAUAUUACUUUAAUAAACAGGGUAUUUAUUUAAGUAAAUUUCUUCUUAUUUUAGAUGAUUAGUUUUAAGCAGGGUCUACUUCCCAGUGAUUUUUCUUAAAAAUUGC